CAGCAGUCUCUAGAGCCUUCUCUCCUGUGCAAAAUGGCAACUCUUAAGGAAAAUCUCAUUGCACCAGUUGCGGAAGAAGAGGCAACAGUCCCAAACAAUAAUAUCACUGUACCAGGUGUUGGACAGGUUGGAAUGGCAUGUGCUAUCAGCAUUCUGGGAAAGUCUCUGGCUGAUGAACUUGCUCUUACAGAUGUUUUGGAAGAUAAACUGAAAGGACGAAUGAUGGAUAUGCAGCAUGGGAGCUUAUUUCUUCAGAUGCCUAAAAUUGUGGCAGAUAGAGAUUAUUCUGUGACUGCCAAUUCUAAGAUUGUAGUGGCAACUGCAGGAGUACAUCAGCAAGAAGAGGAGAGUCGUUUCAAUGUGGUGCAGAGAAACGUAAAUGUCUUCAAAUUCAGUAUUACUAAGAUCAUCAAGUACAGUCCUGAUUGCAUCAUAAUUGUAGUUUCCAACCCAGUGGACAUUCUUAUAUAUGUAACCUGGAAACUAAGUGGAUUACCCAAACACCAUGUGAUUAAAAGUGGAUAUAAUACGUAUUCUGAUAGAUUUCGCUACCUUAGGGCCGAAAAACUUGACAUUCCUCCCAGCAGCUGCCACGGAUGGAUUUUGGGAGAACAUGGAGACUCAAGUGUGGCUGUGUGGAGUGGCGUUAAUGUGGCAGGUGUUUCUCUAUAGGAAUGGAAUCCAGAAAUGGGAACUGACAAUGAUAGUGGAAAUUGGAAGGAAGUGCAUAAGAUGGUGACUGAAAGUGCCUAUGAAGUCAUCAAGCUAAAAGGAUAUACCAACUGGACUGUUGGAUUAAGUGUGGCUGAUCUUACUGAAUCCAUGUUGAAAAAUCUACCCAAGAUUAAUCUUGUGCCAACAAUGGUCAGGGGGAUGUAUGGCAUCAAGAGGGAAGUCUUCCUGAGCCUUCCAUGUAUCCUCAAUGCCUGGGGAUUAAUCUGCAUUAUCAAUCAGAAGCUAAAGGUUGAUGAGGUUGCUCAGCUCAAGAAAAGUGCAGAUACCCUGUGGGACAUCCAGAAAGACCUGAAAGACCUGUGACUACUGAGCGAGGCUGUAGAAAUUUAAAACCUACAAUGUGAUUAACUUUGACCCUUUAGUUUUCAUUCAUGUGCAUGGACCACAGUUUGCUCUGAUCUUCUUCAAUACGUGAAUUUGGGCUCACAGAAUCAAAGCCUAUGCCUGGUUUAAUGCUUGCAAUAUGAGUUCUUGAACAAAUAAAAUUAACUAUUUCAGUAUG